UCUACACGCAUUGAGACUAGCAAUGGCGCUCGCUCGAGGUGACCUUGCUCGGGGCUCAGAGAUUGCGGAGGUGCCGCGCUGCGAGGCCUCGCCCGAGCUGAGCCCGAGGUCAGAUUUGUCGCCUGACUCACCUCGAUCUCUAGAUGGCGACGCGAGCUGGGCGCUGUCCCCGAUGAUGUCUCCGCAGCGGUCUGAAGCGCGAGCCGAUGAGGACACCUUUGGCGCAAGAGGCUCGCCACUCCGAGACUCAGGCUUGAUCCAGCUCAACACCUCGGGCACGGCGGUGCGCUUUGAUAUGCAGCAGCUGCUGAGCGCACGCACAGAAGUAGAGGGCCCGCGGCUCACGCGUGAACAGGUCUUGGCGUUGCCCGAAAGCGCGUGCGCCGGCCGAGAGAAGGAGUCGACCAGCUGCUCCAUUUGCCUGGAGCUCCUGCGUGCCGAGGACAGACCUCGUAUGCUGCCGUGCCAGCACGCCUUCCACACGGAGUGUGCCGUUUUAUGGCUCUGCCGAGCAGCUUUCUGCCCCAACUGCCGUGCCUUCGUGGAGCUCCAGGACUGAGUCACGGAAGCGGAGAAGACAGAUUGGUCUCACAACGCAGUCAGUCUGCUUCCAAAAUGUCACCUGCAUUUGACAGGACAUUCCCAUGCAACCACUUUCCACGCAAGGUUCGAGCCGAAA